AUGCCCAAAAACUGACUAUUACGUUCCAGGCCGCCGAGUCUGCUAGUCAUCGCGCCACCCACAAGAGCGAGGCUCUCGCGAAAGAGCUGAAGGAGGCCCAAGAUCAAGCACUGAACGAAAAAGUCGAUCUCGAACGGAAGAUUAGAAGUCUUCAGGACCAAAAUCAGAAUUUGCAGGAGGAGGUUAGCGAUACACAGGCACAACUGUCCGACCAGGAAAGACAACAAAAGUAUCAGGUCAACGAGCUAGAAACGAUCCGAUCAUCCCUUCAGAAGACCCUCGAGGAACUUCAUAACGAUAUUCAAAAUGUACGGAACGAUUUACAGACCACUCAAGAGAAAUUGGUCCAACGACAAAGUGAUGUCGCCAGUCUAGAGACAGAAAAUAUACGCCUAAAAGCUGAGGGAAGUGAUGCUGAAACAUUGGCUGUGUUGAAAAGAGAGCUAUCGGACCAGGUGAAUCAUAUGAGGAACUUGGAGUCCACAAACCGGGAGCAGUCUGCAGAGCUUCGCCAUCUACGCAAGAUACAGAAAAAUGUCGAGGUGGUGGAAGAACAGAAAAAGUCAUUGGAGAACCAGCUUCAGUUGAUGAAAGAGGUUGAGUCUGAAUUGGGAACUGUUCAGAUUCAAAAGCAGAUGCUUGAAGACGAAAGGACAUCGUGGACAAGUUUGUUACAGGACAAUGACCAGUCAGCAGACAUUGACUCUCCGGAGGCUGUUGUAAAAGCGCUUUUACAGGAGCAGAUCGAGAAGGCCACUCUUGUCGACAAUAUGGGAAAGAUUGAAGCGCAGUUUUUGGAGAAAGACGAAACGAUCAAAAAUCUGGAGACCGAAAGAACUCAAAUGCGACAAGAAAUGGAAAAGCUUCGGACUGCAGGAGCUGCUGCUGCUGCCGGAGGAGGGGCAGUCGACGGCCGGAUCAAGGCCCGGCUGGAACGCCAACGUGCUCUUGCCAUCAAGGAAGUUGAAUACCUACGUGCGCAGGUGAAGAUGUUCGAUGCGGAAGAGGAGACCAUGAAUGCGGAAGAAGGCCAGUUUGACCAACAAAAGUCCGAGCAAAUCGCGAAUCUGGAGAAGAUAAUUGAUGAAUAUCGCGUGGAGCUUGAAAAGGCCCAUGAAGAGCUUUCAAAGCGUGAAGCCACGCAACAGGAGGAGUCGCAGCCUCGAGGGGUCAAACGGCCCCUCUCACCACCUGCAGAAAGCGAAGCAGAGCAUGAACGUCUCUCUGUUCUGUCCCGCAAGAACAGAACAUUGCAGGAAUCUCUGUCUAAAUCCGAGCAAGGAACAGAACUUCUUCGUCGCGAACUCAAGGCCAUGAAAUCGCAACUCAGAUCGCUUCAGGCUAAAUCACGCACCCGCGUUCUCGAACUGCGCGACAACCCCACUGCUCAGGCAGAGAAUCUCAAAAUGUCCACCAUAACCACUCUCAGGGCCGAGAACCGUGAUCUGCUCGCCCAGCUGCAUGGCAGCCAGGCAGAUGUCAAGGUUGUCCCUGUUAGUGCCCUGGAGAGCAUGAAGUUGGACAUCAGCGACAUGGAGCGGUCGGUUGCCGACAAGGAGAAGCGCAUGCGUCGUCUGAAGGAGAUCUGGACUGCCAAGUCGUCCGAAUUUCGCGAGGCAGUCGCUUCGCUGCUUGGUUACAAGCUGGAUUUCCUCCCCAACGGUCGAGUACGGGUCACUUCCAUGUUUCACCUCUCACCUGCCUAUCGCCAUGGUGAUGGAGAUGCGUCCGACUCCCAGGGUCCAGGCAGCAUGGGCAAUGGAGAGGAGAACUCGAUCAUCUUCGACGGAGAGAACGGCACUAUGAAGAUCUCCGGUGGCCCUAACAGUCUUUUUGCCAUGGAGAUUAAACAUCUGAUUAAAUUCUGGGUCGAGGAACGGAAAGACAUUCCCUGUUUCUUGGCUGCCAUGACGUUGGACUUUUUCGACAAGACCACAAGGGCUGCGAGGAUGUGAGCCUUUCUCCCUCUUUCUUAUUUCUUUCUGUAUGAUUCCCCGGCACUGGUGUCAUUUGUGCUAUGUUUUCCGUUCUCGAUUUCCGUGUACUGUAACGAUGAUAUAUGUGAGAAACCAUGUUUGUGUGCAGAAUAUAGUCAUAUAUCAACUCUUUUCAUAUGUUGUAUAUAUGUCAUUCCCUCCAGUCUUUAAUCUACAGGCACUGCCAUUUCCUGAUAGGUCGUUCGUCCAUGGCCUAGCAAAUCCGGCUUGUAAAAUAUAUAAUAUCAGCUUCACUCACUAAACAUUUUAUAUGAAAACAAAUCAACCCUCCCUGGUCGACCAGAGGGGUUAAAUGUGAUAUUUAUGGGAUAGAUUUAUUUAAAUAGAAAGCUGAUCUUUUGAAUCAUGUAUAGAGGUGCUAUGGUACAGUUGUGCAAGGCCCUAUCCAGGGGAGGUUCGUACUGAAAUGUCAACAAAGCUAGACUCAUGUCAUAGUAAUAAA